UGAGCUUUCCUAUGUUUCGCGAGGGAAGCCCGGUUUUUUGGUGUUCAGGUUGCGCUGAGACUCAGCCUAGAGAAGCGGCCGCACGGCCAGCGGGUGGCUGGGUCCUCUGUGACGCUGCGUUUCGGGUGUAGGACCUGGCAUAGGCCGGGAGGGGCGGCCCCGAGGCCGCAGAGGCAGCUGCGCCGGCGACAUGAGCGGCUACCAGCCACCGGUGGUGAUCGACAGUGGCUCGGGAAUGAUCAAGGCGGGCCUGGCUGGGACCCGGGAGCCUCAGUUCGUUUACCCGAACAUUCUGGGCCGGGCCAAGAGCCACAACACUGCAGUGGACUGCGCGGUGGAGCUGUGUGUGGGUGACCAAGCUCAGGAGCGCAGGAGCUUCCUGUCCAUCAGCUAUCCGGUGGACCGGGGCCUCAUUUCUUCCUGGGGGGACAUGGAGAUCAUGUGGAAGCAUAUCUAUGACUAUAGCCUAAACCUGAAGCCCAGGGAUGGCCCGGUCUUGGUUACUGAGCCUGCGCUGACCCCGCUGGUGGACCGGCAGCACAUCUCUGAAGUGUUCUUUGAGAACCUGGGCGUCCCUGCCUUCUAUCUGUCUGUCCAGGCUGUGUUGGCACUCUUUGCUGCCGGCUUCACCACUGGCCUGGUGCUGAAUUCAGGUGCUGGGAUUACUCAGUGUGUGCCGGUCUUUGAGGGUUACUGUCUACCUCAUGGUGUAAAACAGCUCGAUGUGGCGGGACUCGACCUCACCAGCUACCUCAUGAUGUUGUUGAAGAACGAUGGCAUCAUGCUGCUUAGAACUGGGGACAGAAAGAUUGUGGCGGACAUUAAGGAGAAUAUCUGUUACGUGGCGAUGAACUAUGAGGAGGAAAUGGCCAAGGAAUCUGGCCUAGAGAAAAUGUACACACUGCCUGAUGGGAAGACUAUCAAGCUCCAUAACCAGGUCUUCCGUUGCCCAGAGGCCCUCUUCUCGCCAAGGCUUCUGAAUGUUGACGCGCCUGGCAUUGAUAAGAUGUGUCUCAGCAGCAUCAUGAAUUGCGACACGGAUCUCAGGAAUGCCUUCUUCUCCAAUAUUAUCCUUGCUGGAGGGUCCACCACUUUCCCUGGUUUAGACAAACGAUUGGUUAAGGAUGUGGCGAAGAUGGCACCGGCCAAUACCCCUGUGCAGGUUAUCGCUCCCCCAGAGAGGAAAAUAUCCGUGUGGAUGGGAGGGUCUAUUCUUGCAUCCUUGUCUGCCUUCCAAGACAUGUGGAUCACUGCUGCAGAAUUUGAAGAAGUUGGACCCAAUAUAGUACACCAAAGAUGCUUCUGAAAUGCAGACAAAAAAUGAGUAAAACAUUUUUGAGUGUACACAACAAAA